CAAACAUUCUUGAACAGUGCAUGUAUUGUGCAAUGGGUCUUGGCUUGGUUGGACUGGAUUUCCGUGGUCUGCUUCCACCAAUUUUCGAAAAUGCGGUUUUGAAUUUGUUCUCCAAGAAUAUGGGUACGGCAGUUGAGAAUUUUCAGGUUGUCUUGGAUUCACAUCGUUGGGUUCCAAUGCCAUCCAUUGGCUUUGUCACAAAUGGAGUUGUAGAUGAUACUUCUGAUGAUGUGACACCACCUUCUGUUUUAAUGGAGCAUCCACCUCUUGCAGUGUUUGUUAAUGGUGUUUCGGCAGCAAUGAAUGAGCUAAAAUCAUGUGCACCGUUGAGCUUGAAGCAUGUCCUUGCUCAGGAUGAGAAGCUCUGCAAGUUAAAAGAAGAGCAUGGUGAAGAAAUCUACGCCUUGGUAACCAAGGCGCUGCUUGAGAUCAACAAUUACAACCCCAGCGGACGCUAUCCCGUGCCAGAGCUGUGGAACAAUAAGGACGGCAGGAAAGCGAAGCUGGUGGAUGUUGUCCAGUUCGUCCUGAAACAAUGGCAGUCUCGCAAGAGGAAGCGUUGA